AGCUACACCGAGACAGAGCCUUAGUGUAACCACAGAGAGAAGGGCGACUCUUCUCCCUUCACCGGAUGUCCCUCCCCCUCUGCUUCCGUUCCGACCGGAGGUGACGAGUGGAUAAGGAGCGGGAGACCGGCGUAAUAAUGGCUAAGCGCCUAAUUUAUCCUCUGUAUCAGCUUGGAAAUCCUCAGCUAAGGGUUUUCCGGACAAAUUAUUUUGUAACGCUGGUGAGGCCUGGUGUUCCACAGCCAGAAGAUACUGUGCAGUUCCGCAUUCCAAUGGAAAUGACGAGAGUGGAAUUGAAAGAUUACCUUGAAAGCAUUUACAAUGUCCCUGUGGCUACUAUCAGGACCAGGAUACAACAUGGUUCUAUGCAUCGAAGGGACCACAGAAACUGUCGUAUAAAGAAGCCAGAUUACAAGGUUGCAUAUGUACAGCUGGCUGCAGGACAAACUUUUCAGUUUCCAGACUUGUUUCCAGAGCUAGAGAAAACCAUUGAGCCUGGCUCUCUUGAUGACACCAAGAAUAAAUUUAUGGAGGAUGAAAGACAGAAGCAGAAAGAGGACCCCAGGCGAGCAGGAGUUCCUAACUGGUUUGGACUUUGAUGGAAUCAACCUGCUGCUUUGCUUUAGGUAGUUUGAAGGGACUCUACCAGUAAUGGUCCUCAUCUUGCAGUGCCAUUGUACAUUAGUUCUUUUUUUCUUUUUCUUUUUAAGCCCUUUGAAAACAUUUUGCAGAUACGCAUUCAAUGCAACAGAAUUACGCAGAAGAGAAAUGAGAAUAAUCUAUACAUGGGAUAUCGGCAACCUUUUCAGAUUCAGCUUAUGAAGGUUCUGUUCCUUUUGCAUAUGGAAAUACUGGCUCCUAUGUCUAUCUGGAGAAAUGUGCUGCCCAGGCCACCCUAAGUAGGUUACUUGAAUGCCAUCAACUAUAGUGUUGAGAAAAAGUAUGUAUAAGAUCUGAGACAGCCAGCUUCUGUAAAGAUGAGGGCCACAUAUGAGAUGUGGUGAUCUGGCUACCUCUCUAGUUGGCAAGCAGGAACAUACCUUGGGUAUCUUGCUGCUUUUGGAAUGGCACUCUUGGAAAUGUGGGAAUGAAGCCCUCUCUUUCCCCAUUAAUUAUGUCCCGGCAUGGCUACACAAGAUCUGUUCUCACAGCUGAAGGAGGACUCUUACAUUUCCAAAUACAUAGGUAGACCAGCUGAUCCCAUUUGAAUAAAAGAUGUUGUUUUGCUGACCCUCUUUCCAUGCAGUUCGUGUGUUGAUUUUUUAAAUCUCUAGGAUGUCUGCAUAAUGCGCUCUUUCCUCUGGUAAAGAGUAACGGUGUAUUUUUCUGCUCUUUGCCCUGAUUUUUGUUCAGAGACAUCCUUCCCCUUCUGUUUGCACUUAGGCCUGAUUUCCAUUUUCCUCUUGUACUUUCAAAUUCACGUGUCAGUUUUCAAUCCAGGCAGCAGAACAUAAGCAGCCUUCUGUGUGGAAGCUUAUCUCUGUUGCUGUUUGAGGAAAUACUAGCUGAAAUGCAGUGGUCUGUGGUCGGAUUUCCCAGAGAUCUGUCCUGGUACUUAACCCACCAACAUGUUUCAACAAACAUGCACUUUUGUUCUUGCCACUUCUCUCUAAUUUAGGAAGCCUGCACCACCACUUAGUAUGCAACAAAACAAGGAAAAACAGGCUGGCCAAGGCAAACUAACAGAAUGGACAUCUUUCUGUGGUUCAGCUCCAGAGCUGCAUUGUACCCAACCAAAGACUGGUGCCACGUUGGUUUCCUCCCUGCAGUGGGCCUAAGCUCUAGUUACUCCUGUGAGUGGCACUUGCAGCCCAAACAGGCCUGGAGGAUGUGUUAAGGGUUAUACCCCCUUUACUGGCAGCUUUUGAGGCCAUGGUUCUCUUUAUAUUGAGCACAGGGAGAGCAACUGCCCCUCCUUAGACCACCAGUGACUUUCUCCAGUGGCUGUAGGUGUCACUUUUUGUGUAUGUGUUUUUAAGGUUGUGAAUCUCUUUGGGACAGGGAAGCAUUUUUGCAUACCUUUUGCUAUGUAGAAGGAAUACAGAAAUAAUAAAUAAAUAAAAUAAAAGUGUUGCCUUACUUUACAACCAGACUGUUUGGAGACCUGGGAGAUAUGCAGUGGGUUGGACUUACUUAAGCCUAUGGACAACCCAAUUUCUUUGGGAGUUUGCUUCUCUCCCUCUUUCCCCAUAGUGGCAUUCAGCCAUUCCUACAUCCUUUUCUCUCUCACCGCCAGUUUGUUAAUUAGAGGAGUAAUUCAUCCAACAUGUUUGGGUUUUUUUUUUUGUCAAAGUAGAAACAAAAACAAUCUAUUCUUUUUUUCAUUUAAUUUGUUCAGAUUUUUAAAAAUUAUUUAGUUUAGAUGUGAAGAGGUACAUCCUGGUUUGCGCAGCCUCUGAUAGGGCAUGUACUCCUAUGCAUUUCUUUCUCAUGCUUUUCUCCACUUCAAGACUUUAGGCAAGGGGGAAAUGAUGCAACUGCCUGCUUUGGCUUCAUGUUUACAUAAGAUAUGGUUUUUAAGGUUGUGAAUCUCUUUGGGACAGGGGAGCAUUUUUACACCUCAGCUGAAUAUGCUACCUGGAGGGGGAAUUCAGAUUGCAAGAUGAAGUGGUGGAGGGGCAGAUUCUGGAGAGGAAACAACCAAAAUUAAUCUUCACCUAGUUUCCUUCUGUGCUUAUAUCCAUGUAUUUCAUAUUGAGGAGUCCUGAUGACUGGGCUAGGGACCUGUUUGCAUGUAGUAUGUAUUGAAUGUCAGUGCCAAUUUGAUUCACUAUGUAAUACAAAUUUCUUGAAACUUUGAAACCCAUGUUGGGGCUUGAUACAUGGCUUAAUGUAGCUCAAGAAUAACUGCGCUUGUGCAGCUAUAAAGAUGUAGAUAAAAACGA